UAGCUAUAUUUUAUUAAUGUGUGUAUUCACGUGUAUCAGUAUUCUAUUCCCCACAAUAUGAUCAUCUUCGUCUCUAUUUCAUUUCAAUCCCACAGUUAACCUCAAACUACUUCAAUGGAGACCGCUAAACAAACGGAGAUCCCAAAACCACGGCGUAUAGUCUUGGUCCCAUGUCCGUACCAAGGCCAUAUAACUCCAAUGCUUCAACUCGCUAGUUUCCUCCACUCCGUCGCCGGUUUCUCCAUCACAAUCGCUCACACUCGCUUCAACUCUCCCAAUCCUUCUAACUUCCCGCAUUUUCAAUUCGUUUAUUUGGACGAUGGAAUCCCUGAGAAGGAAGCGAUUCCCACGGAUUUGAUCGCAGUUCUAUUGGAACUCAACGUUAACUGCAGAGAUAGUUUCAAAGCUGAAAUGCGCAAACUGAUGGCGGUCGAGCCGGAGGAUUCCAGUGAGGUCAUCGCCGGUGUUAUUCAUGAUGAGAUCAUGUUCUUCUGUGAAGAAAUUGCGAGUGAUUUGAAGCUGAGGAGCUUCAUUUUGCGAACUACCGCUGCUGUGACUUCUUUGGCUCGAAUGGCUCUUGUUAGCCUCAAUGAUGAAGGGAUGGAUCCAAUACCAAAGCUGCAUCCUCUGAGAUUCAAAGAUCUCCCAAUCUCACUAACAACAGACUUCACCGGAUACUCAAAAUUGAUGAAAAAGACGUACAAUAUGGAAACACCCACCACAGCCAAGGCCAUCAUCUGGAACACAAUGGAAUGGCUCGAAGAUUCAAUCAUGGCUAAAAUCGAAAACAAAUCCACAGUCCCAAUCUUUCCCAUCGGGCCUUUACAUCGAAUCGUCUCUGCACAAACGAGUGUACUCAAAGAGGAUUUCGACUGUUUAUCAUGGCUCGACGAGCAAGCGGACAAUGUUGUUAUCUACGUAGCCAUUGGGAGCAUAGCUUCAUAUAAUGAGAAGGCGUUUGGAGAAAUGGCAUGGGGGCUAGCCAACAGCCAGCAACCAUUCUUGUGGGUGGUUCAACCAGGAGCGAUUCAUGGCUCGGAGUGGAUCGAGGCAUUGCCUAAGGAUUUUCUAGAGGCGAUUGGAGGUAGAGGAUAUAUUGUGAAAUGGGCUCCUCAGAAACAAGUGUUGGCACAUAGGGCUGUGGGGGGAUUUUGGAGCCAUUGUGGAUGGAAUUCUAGUAUGGAGAGUUUGAGUGAGGGAGUUCCUAUGUUGUGUAGUCCAUGUUUUGGGGAUCAAAAAGUGAAUGCAAGGUAUUUGAGCUAUGUUUGGAGGGUGGGGAUUCAGUUGGAAAAUGGAUUGGAGAGAGAAGAAAUCGAGAAAGGAAUUAGAAGACUAAUGGUGGGAGAAGAAAGCAAAGAGAUGAGAGAAAGAACCAAGGAUUUCAAGGAGAAAAUUGAAGCCUAUGUUCUUAAGGUAAAAGAUCAAUGCUACUCACACACUUACUUGGCAGAGCUUGUUAGCCUACUCAAAUCGUCUUGAUCGUCCAAAAAAUGCAUGUUAAUUGUUGUUGAGCUUAGAAUAUUGAAGUUUCUUAUUAUUAUAUCUUUUAUUUUGUUACGAUAUCAUCACUUAUUUAACAAAGCAGACUUUGUAUUAACCUUCUCAUACAUGUUACAUGUGGAAUUGAAAAUCUAUCUACCACUAUCAAAUUGGAUUUCAAA